AAAAUGAUAGGCCCAUGAUGUCAAUCCCCAGCACAUUUGUUUCCUUGGAAGUUGUGGGACCGUAUGUUUUUGUUUUCAUGUUGGUUGUGGGAACAAAGCAUUACGCUUCCUGACUGGUAAAAAUGUUUUUUUUUUAAAUGUUCUGAGAACAGAAGUAAAAAAUAUCCAUGUUAUAAAAAGGUUUAUUUUUAGGUCACAUGGAGGUUCUGAGAACAUUUUACUUUUGUUCCUUGAAAGUUUUCCUGGGAGGUUUUGUUGAUUCUCUGAAAAAAGAAAUUCUACAUUAUUUUAAUGACUUUCACUUAAUGUUAAGCAAGUGGUCUUGACUUUAACACUGCUAGCUUAUUUGGGGUUAACUUUUUUGAACUACAAGCACAGUUAAAAUGCAUGGAAAUUCAUUUCCUUGGGCAUUAAUCACACAGACAAUUUUCUUUCUUUUUUAUUGUGACAAGGCAUCAGUGAGAGAGGUUUGUAUGAUCUUUUGUUUUCUAUCCAUGGAAUUAGUCCACUGCGCCACCAGGAAGGAGCUAGCAUGCCAUGUUCUUUUUAGUCUAUUCAAACAGACCCCAUUUCAUAGGAACCAAGCGCUCAUUAUGAUCAGGUGUGGCUAAUUAGUGGGCCAAUACACCUGAGCACACUUAACAAGAUUAAGGACAGUUUCGUUGAUGCUGAGACUGGAUUGUAUGUUUUUAAGUAACAUUCUUAGAACAUUCUCUGAAUAUUACUCACGUUUCUUGUGGUUUUUAUGGAAAGUUUUCUUAAUGUUCUUAGAUCAAUUUGAGAACACAACUUUAAAUAGAACCAUGAGGAAACCGGUAUGAAACGUUAUGCUGAAGUACUGACAUUCCCACAGAAUGUUUUUUUUUUUACAUUCUGAACUUUUGAGAACAUUCCCAAUGUCGAACCAGUUGGAGAACGUUCCUAGAACAUUCCCAACAUUGAAAUGAAAUGUAAUCAAUGUUUGACUUUUUUUUUGUCUAGUUCCUUAAAUGUGCUGAGAAUAUUCUAAAGCCAAGCAACUAUCCUGCACCUUUCACAGAAAGUUAAGGAAAGGUUGUAUGCAAAUAACAUAGGGCAACAACGCUCUCACCAAGCUCUAAGAAACAUAUGGUUCUCAGAACGUUAUGUGCUACCUGGGUAGGGACUUAAAAACAAAAAUCCAAUCUUAUUUCUCAUUAAUAAUAAAUCACAAAAGGCCAAAAUACUGUUUUUUUUUCCUUUUAUCCUGCCAUUAGUUUAAACAGCACUGAUCUGAUUUCCCAAACACAUUUGAUGUAUUAGGAGAGAUUGUUCUCACUUAUUGCUGACCUGAAUUGCACAUGAUGUAUGUUUGAAGGGUCCCUUGUAUAGUUUGUCAAUGUAAAGUACUACAUAUUUUGUUUUUACUUAUAGUUGUAUGUAGCCCAAAUGUUACAACACGUUUUCCUAUUUUGUUGUGACGCUAUUUAUAGAUACUGUGGGCAGUCGGCCUGCUAUAGGCUACAACAGCGAAAUUAGUCAUUACAUUUUUUUAUGUUUUAAACAGAUUAGGGAUGCCAGAUUAUGGAGGCUACUUUUUCUUAUGAAAAUUUGUCAUGAGUAAGGUAGCUUUUGUAAAUAAUUAGAUCGUUCAUAAAUCAGUAUGUUGAAGAACUUUUAUCCUUCGAUAAAUGCACAAGUUUAAAAAAAAAUCUAUUUUAGUAACUCGAAUGUGACCGAUUAUUAUACAGUGAAAUUCUCUCAAUUCGAAGGGCUUUAUUGACAUGGGAAACAUGUUUACCUUGCCAAAGAAAGUGAAAUAGAUCACACAAUUUAAAUAAAAAAUGAACCGUAAACAUUACACUUAAAAAAAGUUUCAAAGGAAUAGAGACAUUUCAAAUGCCAUUAUGGCUAUGUCUCUCCCUCUCUUCGCGAGGGUGCAUGCAUGCAUUUGUAUGUAGAGAGCUAGAAGGCGCAAGGUGUUGCAUUUGCACUUGGUUGUGCAAUCCGACACGCCUGAACGGAAUUGUUUAUUGCGCAUAGCCAGUAUUUCCAUUUUUUUUUUUGUCGCGUACGGGUGAAGUCGCUACCAGUCCAGUAGACUGUUUAGGGAUGAGUACAUUAUGCUCUUCCGCGGAGAUAUUGAACUGUUGGAACUGCUUACGUUCUAACUUGUCUUUAAUUCUGAUUUAAAGUAUUAUUGUCAGUGAUGUAAACAUUUAAGAGCAUCUCUUGAAACUCACUAGGCAAUUCAUGUAAUAUUUUCAGUUUUCUAACGGUAGAGCAGGCGUGUGUCGAAUGAAAGGAGUUAAAUGAAUUAUUUGGACAGUUCCAUGGUGCUGAAAGGAUUGCUCAUAUUUCACUAAGCAGCCAUGGGUAAGUGACCACCAAUGAAACCCAUAAAGAUACAUAUUUCUAUUUCAUGAAAGUUUAUGGUGCUUUGAAGCUUUGUUACAUACAGCUCCUUGAUGCUUGCUUUUCCUAUGUAGUGUACAACCAUUAUUGUAUUAUAUAGGGUUUAUAAUGAGGGGUUGUUUGGCUGCUCUAAAACCCAACAAAAGAUUGGUCACAAUAAUAUACCUGCCCUUUUAUAUAUUUAUGAAUAUGCAUUAUACAUUAUUGAGCUCAUAAGUGGUAUGAAAUAUGAAAGUUAUUCCGUGUCUGCUCUCUGCUGCUGUGCAUUUAUGUCUUAGAAAGACCCAUCACCCAUAGUUGACUGGAUUUUCACUUCACAGAAUGCCACAAAAAAAAUAAAAAUCUGCCUGAAAUAUCAAUCAAUCUGUCAUGGACAUUGCACAGUGACAGGGCACACAUACUGAAAUGGAGGUGUGCUUUGGUAGCCACAUGCACUCAAAUCUCUUCUCAUCUACAGGUUCCCUAGUUUGGGAUAGGUGUCUUUUAUGUCUUCUCCUGUCAUCUUUUCUUCUGCUGCUCAGCAAGGGGGAGAGGAUGUGCCCAGCAAGUUGUCGCUGUGAAGGGAAGAUUGUUUAUUGCGAGUCUGGCAUCUUUCAAGACAUCCCAGAAAACAUCUCUACUGGAUGCCAGGGUCUGUCCCUGCGCUACAACAGCCUACUGACUCUGCUGCCUUACCAAUUCGCUCAUCUCAACCAGCUCAUCUGGCUUUACCUGGACCACAAUUCCAUCACCGCUAUAGAUAGCUUAGCCUUUCAGGGUGUGCGUAGGCUCAAAGAUCUGAUUCUCAGCUCUAACAAAAUUACACUUCUACAAAAUAAGACUUUCAAUGCUGUACCAAACCUGCGCAAUCUUGAUUUGUCCUACAACCAGCUACAUUCUCUGCAGCCAGGUCAUUUCUAUGGUCUGCGUAAGCUCCAAAACCUUCACCUACGAUCCAAUGGUCUCAACAGGAUACCUGUACGCACUUUCCUGGAGUGUCGCAACCUGGAGUUCCUGGACCUGGGUUACAAUUACCUACGCACCCUUACCCGCACCACCUUCUUGGGGCUGUUCAAGUUGAAAGAGCUUCACCUGGAGCAUAAUCAAUUUUCAAGGAUACAUUUUUUUAUUUUUCCACGCCUUAACAAUCUACAGGUCCUCUACUUGCAAUGGAACCGCAUACGAGCCAUCAAUCAGGGCCUGCCUUGGAUCUGGCAUACGCUGCAAAAAUUAGACCUCUCAGGAAAUGACAUCCAGAUCUUGGACCCAGCUGUUUUCCAGUGUAUGCCAAACUUACAGAUACUCAAUCUUGAAUCCAACAAGCUGAGCAACGUGUCUCAGGACACGGUUUCAGCCUGGGUCUCCAUUAAUACCAUCAGCCUGGUGGGUAACGCCUGGGACUGCAGCCCUACUAUUUGCCCCCUGGUGACCUGGCUGAAGAACUUCAGAGGCUCAAAGGACAUCAACAUGAUAUGCAGCAGCCCCAAGUCAGUUCAGGGAGACAGAGUAAUCGACAUAGUGAGGAACUACACAAUCUGUGUGGACAUAUCAGUUGUAGACCAAACCACAGCUAUGAUCAUGAGGCAAACCACAGCCUUAGUUGUGGACACCAAAAAGCCCACCACACCUCUCUCUGCCACGACCACAAUAACCCAAGGUCUACCUGCAUCAACUGUACAAAGACUCGCUCCACAACCUGUCUCUUCCAUUGUGACAGACAAAGAAACAACAGAGUCCAUACUCAUGACCUCCAUCUCCCCAGAAUCCUCCUCAUUUUUCCCAGAACUAGAGUUUGAGCAUAUGGCCUUCCAUAAAAUAAUUGCAGGCAGUGUAGCCCUAUUUCUGUCUGUGUCAUUGAUCCUACUGGUAAUUUAUGUCUCGUGGAGGCGCUACCCCAAUAGCAUGAGGCAGCUUCAGCAGCACUCAGUCAACCACAAGCGCAGAAAAAAGGCCCGGAAGCAGGAGCUUAACCUUAACUCUCAGUUGCAAGAGUAUUAUUUGACUUACCAUUCAAACUCUGAGACCAUGGAUGCAUUGGUAAAUGAGACAAGGUCCUGCCCCUGCACGAUCUCAGGAUCCAGAGAAUGUGAGGUAUGAUCUGUCAAGUCCAUCCUAAAAACGCACUCUGCCUGGGGGUCAGAGGUAAAUGUUUUCCACAGGGAUGCACUGUAAACCUCUUUAGUGAAUGGAGACUGAGUUAAACUGAGUUAAAAUUCCAUCCUCUGACUCUGUUCUUACUGUUGUUUUAAAUUAAAGUUAUCCAUCCUAAAAACGCACUUUACAGCUGCUUGGGAGUCAGAGCUAAAUGUUUUCCACAGGGAUGCACUGUACAGAUCACCGUGUGCAUGGUGACUGACUACUUACAUCCCCUGUUUGACUCUUGUUAUUGUUGUUUUAAAUUAACGUUAUCACAUUAAGAACAAAUUGAUUGGAUGAAUUAAUCCUGUUUGUGAAUAUAAACCUAAACCUACUUUCUUUCAUCAGGAAAAUAAUCCUGCAGCAACAGGAAAUUUGUGGAUUAUAGUUAAUGGCCAUUUUUGUAGGGGUUGAUACAUUUUUCCUUAGGGCAAAUCAAGUUGUAAGCUAGUAAUAAUAAACGUUAGAAGCCUUUUUAAGCCUUGAAUACACUAGAAAUGUGCAUUUCCUGCAGUGCAGGAAAAUUGUCAGCAACAAAAGAGGGAUAAAAUUGAGAUGGCACAUCUGUAUCUGCUGUUGAUUACAAAUUACCCCACUUUUCACUUUUCUUAUCCUUGAGUAAUAUUGAGAUCUUCGUGUUCAUACUUGUAUACAAGUAACUGAUAGACUUUAUGUGUAGUCUUUUCCAAUAUUUAGCUCUUGUUUGUUUUAUGGAAUUAUGGUAACUGUAUGUGAAAUUGAAUUAUGUCAUUAAACUUGUG